CCCCCACCCCUCCUCCACUACUCCUGCCUGCCGAUUGUCGGGAUUAAUCGGGGGCUUCCGCAGCAACCAGCGGGUAGUCGUCGUCGGCGGCGGCGGCGGUUUUCUGAUUCGCUUGGUAGGCGCUGCCGUCUGACCCUCUUCGUGGCGGCGAUGGGCCAGGGCGUCGUCGAGAUCCAGCCCCGCGAGCUCCAGUUCACCUUUGAGCUGAAGAAGCAGAGUUCAUGUUCUGUCCAUCUUGUCAACAAAUCUGAUGAAUAUGUCGCUUUCAAGGUUAAGACUACUUCCCCUAAAAGAUAUUGUGUCCGACCAAAUAUCGGAGUUAUCCUUCCAAGGGCAACAUGUGAUUUCACAGUUACCAUGCAAGCACAGCGUACUGCGCCACCGGACAUGCAAUUAAAAGACAAAUUUUUGGUGCAGACAACAGUUGUUCCUCCUGGUACAUCAGAUGAGGACCUCAUUCCUGCUUUUUUCUCCAAAGAAACCAACGCAUAUAUUGAGGAAAGUAAAUUGAGAGUUGUCCUUGUUGAUGCAUCUCGUCCUGCAGUGGAGCAACUGGUAAAUAAUGUCCCGAGUACUGAUGUGGCAGUUGAGGUUCCCGUGUUAAAAGAUACUCUGAAUGUUCAGAAUGAAGUGCCAGCUAUGGAGAAAAAGGUUCCUGCAACCCAGGAGAAAAUUUCAGCUGUUGUUCCUAACAUACCUUCCCCUGUCAGGGAGUCUCCAAUCCUUCAAGAAGUUCCUGUGCUACUGCAUGAAGAACCUGCUAUUUUGGCAGAAUCUCCUCCCCCUCUAAAAGACGAAUCUCCUCCCUCUCUAAAACAUGAUUCUCCUCCCCCUAUAAAGGAUUCAUCUGCAAUUACCAUUGAACAACUUUCUCCUCUGAAGGAAGAGACUGUAACUUCAAAGGUGUCUCCUCUUGAAGAAACUCUUCCGAAAGAAACUGUCGCUGUAAGUGACCGAGGUUUUUUCAGUGUGCAGAAUCAUCAAUUAUCUCAUGUGACGGAAGAUGUUCAGAAUCUGAAGUCAAAACUCAACAACCUUGAAUCAAAAUUGGAAGGGGCUGAAAAGAUGAUAAUAAAACUGAGAGAGGAGAGCAGGACUACAACCCAGGAGCGGGAUAGGCUGCAGCAAGAGAUGGUAUUUUUAAAGAAGGGAACCCCAAAGAGUCAACUAGGCUUCCCGUUGCUGUUUGUGGUCUACGUGGCGCUUCUCGGCACGUCCCUCGGCUACCUCUUGCGCCUAUGAGUUGGAGUAUGUUGGAAAUCCAAGCCGCUGGGCGCUUCGGUCUUUCGUCAAGAGUUGAAGGGCAGCUAUAUACAUAAAUGUUGCAGGAGCAUCCAUGUUAGCAGCACCAUCGUUGUUAUUAAUUAGUUGAGCCGGGUUUGAACAUACCAGGGUUAUUGCCAGUAGCCUGCCUGUAUAGAACAGCGUUUACAUUAUAUAGAACCGCCCGAAAAAAGUGCUUGGGUACUCCUGUGGGCUAAUUAGCCUUGAGUUUAUUCCUCUUGGUGAAACUUUUUGCUUGUUUGGGUUCAGUUUUAGGCUUGUAGCGAGAACAAAACAGCGCAAUUUUCUGCAUUGUUUACCCUAGUCGGUGUCUGAUUUGUGAACUACUCCCUCCGUUUCUAAAUAUAAUCCAUGUUAGAGAUUUCAA